AUGGCAGCAAGAUGGGGCUGCCUGCCUUCCUCUCACUCCCACCUGGACACAAGUGACCCUUUGAGCAUUGAGGCGCUCAUCUGGUUUGCGGAGGAGUUCAGCAUCCUUCUCCAACUGAGAAGCUCUCAGGAAGAGGACCGCAGCCUGCUGACCCUGCUCAACUUCCACAACCACGUCCUGCUGCAGCUUCGUCUCGGGCCCUACAGCCUUACCUUCAUCAGCACACAGCAGCGCGACUAUGAGUUUCCAGUCUCAGUGUCUGAUUCCCAGUGGCACCAUGUCUCUAUUGGAGUGUCCUCCAAAGGGCUGGCACUGUAUGUAGACUGUGUGCUGGUUGAGACGGUAAAGUGGGUCUACCCCUACAUGGGCAUCACUACGGAGGGGCUGCUGACUGUAGGUGGCAUCCUGGAGGGAUUUGAGACACCGUUUGAGGGAGAGCUGAGACAGAUGACCUUUCUGAUGGGAGACUCGGACGCCGCCAAAUAUCACUGCAGCCUCUACAGCACGGAGUGCGAAGUCUCAAAGACCCUGCGGUCCACAGAUAAAACACAGGGGAGCUUAUUCUCCUCUGGGCAGCCAAUAGACCUCACAGAGAGCUCCGCUGAUGACGAAGGCCCAGUUCUUGGGCACGCGACACAAGAUGUGAGGCCCGGCAUCAGAGAAACGAAGGCUCCGGUCCCAAAGCUGUCCUCGGGCUUGAAUGUCAGUGAUCUAACAAAGAAUAACACCGAAUGGGAUCUUCAAAACUUAGACCUUAAGAAUGUCAGUCUUGCAAUGGAGAGUGGCGUGGAAGCUGCUAAGCACCCAGUAAUCACUACAAACAGUCACAGCCAAGGAACCGACGACCGCAUAGUGCUCACCUCCGUCACAGCGUUGAGUCCAAGCACAAGUGCAGACCGCAGAAUAACACAGACAGGACCUUCAGAUGGAAUCAUUGACCUGGACUCUCCCUCCGCCACUGAUUUAGAACGACACCCCAAUAAAGCCCAACGUCAACAACCUGACCUAAAUGUACUUACUGAAGAGGACCUCUUGCCACACACUAUAUCAACUGAUCCUUUGAAAAGUGGAUCAAAAAUUACCACAGUGGACAAUGGAGGACAGGGCAGGAACCAAGUCACUGGCAUUGGGCACACCACUGUGCCACAGGCUGUACCAAAGCAUGGAGAUAUCAUCACAGGUCUGGACGGGAGGCAAUAUAGACUCCUCAGAGGAGCGCCAGGACCGUUUGGUCCUCCGGGGCAGAGAGGUUCUCUAGGCCCAGUUGGGAGGGAUGGGAUGAGGGGGGAGCCUGGACCCCCGGGAUUUCCCGGCCUGCCCUCUCUCUAUCUGUGGAGGAACACCCCGGAGGACUGGGCCGCUUUUAGGAGAACAUCCUUUUUUCAAGCUUUACACUCAGGAUGGCCUAGAGAGCAGGGCUCUCCUGGACCAAUUGGGGAGAUGGGAAAGCCUGGCCCUCCUGGCAUUCCAGGAGAACCGGGACAGAGAGGGGUAACCGGACACAGAGGCGACAUGGGCAGCUUUGGGCCUAAGGGAGUGAGUGGACGAGCAGGGACAUGGGGUAGAGAUGGACAACCUGGGCCUGAUGGAACUCCUGGACCUCGAGGAUUACCUGGCCUAAAGGGCCCACGGGGUGACAAAGGAGAGUCUGCUCCUCCUGGAGAGAAGGGGGAGGAGGGCUUUCCUGGUGCUCCAGGCCUCCGUGGUGAUAUAGGGAGAGAAGGAGAGAAGGGCUCCACAGGAGAACCAGGGCUACCAGGACCUGUUGGUCCAGCUGGUCCCAUGGGCAAUAGAGGUAUACAAGGGAUUUCAGGGACCCCAGGAAUUGAGGGUCUUCCUGGACGCAGUGGCAAAUCAGGACCACCAGGGGCAGUGGGAGCCCCAGGAGUUACUGGCAUGGUCGGAGCACAGGGAGUAAACGGCACAGAGGGUGAUAUCGGGCCCACUGGCCCAAUUGGUCGCAGAGGCCCGCAGGGUCUGGUUGGAGCUGAGGGGUUUCGGGGGCCUGCAGGGCCCAGAGGACCUCAAGGUUUGCCUGGUAUGGGUGGUCCUCAGGGUCUUAAAGGAGACCUAGGCCGAGAUGGGCCAGUUGGUAGUAGAGGUCUGCAGGGCAUUGAAGGUGCUAUGGGUGUGACAGGAACUGCUGGUCCAAAUGGCUUUCGAGGAGACCCAGGCCCAAGGGGCGAUAAUGGAGACAAGGGGGAUGCUGGAUCUAAAGGAGACCAUGGUCUUAUUGGUGUUCCUGGUGUCAUGGGACCUCAAGGAGAGAGGGGUCAGAUUGGCCUUUUUGGCUCACCAGGUCAGAGAGGUCAGCCGGGGCUGCCAGGAAAUCAGGGUGAAGCAGGGGAAGCUGGUCUCCAGGGGGAUGUUGGGAAGGAAGGUCCCAAGGGCAAUAAAGGGACUCCUGGUCAUGAUGGAGGUCGAGGAUUGAAAGGCCCCAAGGGUCGAACAGGACAGGAUGGCCCUGGUGGUGUUCCUGGAAUUCCUGGGUUGCGGGGUCUUCCAGGAAUUGAAGGACCAGAAGGAAAGCCUGGUACACAGGUUCCCAUUUUAUAA